UGGUAGGUUUGUGAAACAGCGACCUAACCCUAUCAUAACCGUGUAUUUUUCUUCAGCCUUAUCUCUUUACCAUACACACACUGCCAACUAUCCCAAUUCUAAAUCUUCAUAGUUCUAAAAUUCAUUCAAGAUUUAGUUACAACUUCAUUCCUUGCUGCUUUUACUUUAACAAUAGAAAAUGGCUGCAACUUUGGUGGGAGGAGCUUUUCUCUCUGCUACUGUUCAGACUUUAGUUGAGAAACUUGCUUCACAAGAGUUUUGUGAUUACAUCAGAAACAACAAGCUGAAUUCCUCACUCUUGGCAGAGUUGGAAACAACACUACUCGCUCUUCAGGUGGUGCUGGAUGAUGCAGAACUGAAGCAAAUCACCAACACUGCUGUCAAACAAUGGUUGGAUCAGCUGAAAGAUGCAAUCUAUGAUGCUGAGGAUUUGCUUAACCAAAUCAAUUACGACUCCCUGCGAUGUAAGGUGGAGAAGAAACAAGCUGAAAACAUGACUAAUCAGGUUUGGAACCUCUUUUCAUCUCCUUUUAAAACUCUCUAUGGAGAGAUCAAUUCACAAAUGAAGAUUAUGUGUCAAAGGCUGCAGCUUUUUGCACAACAGAGAGAUAUCCUUGGCUUGCAAACUGUGAGAGGGAGAGUUUCUCUUAGAACGCCUUCAAGUUCAAUGGUAAAUAAAUCUGUUAUGGUUGGUAGGAAGGAUGAUAAAGAGAGACUCAUUAGUAUGUUGAUAUCUGACAGUGGCACUACCAAUAGUAGUAUUGGUGUGGUCGCAAUUUUGGGUAUGGGCGGUGUUGGCAAAACCACUCUUGCCCAACUUCUUUAUAAUGAUAAAGAAGUUCAAGACCAUUUUGAUCUGAAAGUCUGGGUUUGUGUAUCGGAGGAUUUCGAUAUUUUGAGAGUAACUAAAACCAUUCAUGAAUCUGUCACUUCAAGAGGUGGUGAAAGCAAUAAUCUUGAUUCUCUUCGAGUUGAACUGAAUCAAAACUUGAGGGAUAAAAGAUUUUUGUUGGUGCUGGACGAUCUGUGGAAUGAUAGUUAUAAUGAUUGGGAUGAGUUAGUAACUCCAUUGAUUAACGGCAAAACAGGAAGUAGGGUGAUCAUCACAACACGCCAACAAAAAGUUGCGGAGGUUGCACACACGUUUCCUAUUCACAAAGUAGAUCCUCUAUCAGAUGAUGACUGUUGGUCGUUACUUUCAAAGCAUGCAUUUGGAAGUGAAGUCCGUGGUGGUAGUAAAUGCCCAAAUCUGGAAGAAAUUGGUAGAAAGAUCGCCAAAAAAUGUGGUGGGUUGCCCAUAGCUGCUAAAACGCUCGGUGGAAUUUUGCGUUCAAAGGUAGAUGCUAAAGAGUGGAGUACAAUUCUAAAUAGUGACAUAUGGAACUUACCAAAUGAUAAUAUUUUACCUGCUUUGCGUCUAAGUUAUCAAUAUCUUCCCUCACAUUUGAAAAGAUGUUUUGCCUAUUGCUCAAUUUUUCCGAAGGAUUUUUCACUUGACAAGAAGGAAUUGAUUUUGUUAUGGAUGGCAGAAGGCUUCCUAGAGCAUUCUCAGUGUAAUAAAACAGCUGAGGAAGUAGGUCAUGACUACUUUAUUGAAUUGUUAUCCAGGUCCUUAAUUCAACAAUCAAAUGAUGAUGGAAAAGAAAAAUUUGUUAUGCACGACCUUGUCAAUGAUUUAGCCUUAGUGGUGUCAGGAACAAGUUGCUUCAGGCUUGAAUGUGGUGGUAACAUGUCUAAAAAUGUUCGUCAUUUUUCAUAUAAUCAAGGAGUGUAUGACUUUCUCAAGAAGUUUGAAGUUUGAGGUUCUCUAUCAGUAGUAAUUCAUGAUGCCGGUGGAUACUUCCUCACGGAAACUGUCAAAAUACUGUUUUUGUCGAUUGAGAAACGUACGUAUGCUGAUAGGAUGGCAACGAGGGAAAGUCUCAGGAAUAAUUUUACCAUUUUUUUUUGAACAAUAAUACUAAAUUUAAGAUUGAAAUAGGCAUAAUUAAUAAAAAAAAAAUUAAAACAUGACAGAACCCUCCAAACGCGACAUUUAAUAUGAGUUAGAGGGACAUAUGUCUCUGUUGGAACAAAAUUGGUUUGUACAAUUCCUCUAGAGAUUUGAUAAUAACAAAGUAUUGAAGAACAAUUAGAUAUGUUAAUAUAUGUUCAAGUGUGCAGGACCAAAGAUUAAAUUUAACAAAAUCUGAACAUAAAUAAGAGCAUCAGAAGCACAAAAUAAACUAAAAGACCAAGGUUGAUGAUCUAAAAAAAGGCAAUCAGAAGUCAACAUCUUGGAUCAGAAGAAAGAAAGUCACGAAGAAGUUGAAGAUCUACAUCAGAUUAUGAAGAGCAUCAGACUCUGAAGUACAGAAGAUCCUGAGGGACCCAAAAGCCACGUCAGAUUUAUCCUCUUUUGUAGAUGUCUCUAUAAAGGCACUGAUAGUACAAUUUGUCUUCUUCUGACCACGUGUAGAAACAAACAAAGAACUCCAAGGACAAAAAGAAUGAACGGAUAAUUUCAGUUUCAACAAAGAAAUUUCAAAUGUCUAAUCAAUUGCAUUAUCCAUAUCAGGAAAUGGCCCAAUGUCCUUGAUUUGAAACUUCUCAACGAUUCUUAAUGCGUUGACACUCUUCUCCAACGUCUCUCAAAUCCUUGCAUGUGUAAGGAGCUGAAGACUUGAAGAACAAACAAUAAGACUCUUCUAUUUUUAUUGUGCCUUACUCUGUACAAAUUAAAAAGAACAUAGAACACUUAAGAAUUUUUUUAUCGAAGUUUGUAUCUUAGAAAUUCUAAGUAUUAGAGUUUGUUCUGUUUUGUAUUGUUUACAUCUCUGAUUGUAUAUCAAAUGUAAGAAUAAAUCUGUUUAUUUGUAAACUCUUAGAAGUCUUUUUCAGUUGUGAUUAAGCAUUGAAAGCCUCUUGCUUUUGUGCUUGA